AGAGAUCCGUAACAAUGUCCGGAGCAGAUAAACCUCGCUUGGUGGAGCGUCGAGCCAGUCUACGGAAACCAAGUCGCAGGGACCUAGACCGACUGAGGGCCUCAAAUGCGGACAUUGAGGUGGACGAUGACGACGGACAUCACACGAAAGGAGGCUCUACAGUUUGGAAGCCUAAAACAAAAAUGGCUUGUACUUACCGUAUGGGACCUGUGCGUAAGUUUCUUCCACAUGUCGUGAAGAAACGAGCCCAGGAGAUACUAGACAAAGCUUUCACCGACCUGGCCUAUGACCACGAUAACUGCCGAGAAGUGUCUGAUAAAGUAUCAACUGACACCAUGGCUUUUGUCAAGGAGCAAGCGUUCGACCGAUACCGAUAUGUGGUCAGGGUGGUGGUUGGCGAAAAGAAAGGACAAACUGUAAAGAUCGUGGGUCGUGCCCUCUGGGAUCAGGAAAAAGACAAUUUCUUGACCGUCACCCAUGAGAACCGUCAUUUGUACGCGGUCUGCACGGUGUUCGCACUGUAUUUUGAAUAACAGUAAACUUGAAUAACAGUAAAAAUAGUGAUUUAUUUGUGUGAGGAUUUUUGAUUAAAACAAAUUACACUCUCAUAGAUGAAGUUCAAAUUUUCUCGAGUUAAACACACUGGUUACAUAUAAGAAGUGAUCCAGACCAAUAGGACAACAAUAUAUAAAACAUUUAUUUAAAAUAUGAUACACUUCUAUACAGCAUAUAAUAUUGUUUUACAAAAUAUUUAAGGCCUGUUCAAUUCUUACAGCCCUUGAAGAAAUGUGAAAAAGUCACCAAACUAUUGAAAAUACUUUGGUGAGAUUUAGGCCUUGAACU